AUGGCACUAUAUACAUCUGUGCUAGUUGUCGACACCCUUGACCAAACCAACCUUUGCCGGUCUCAAAACACGCUUGUUCAAAGUGUAGCCCGGCUGCUGGACAUGGAAAAUGGUUCCUGGCUCCUUGUCUGGCUGAGGAAUCUCAAACGUGGCCUCAUGCUGGUUGGGGUCAAAAGGCUCGCCCAUAGGAUGGAUCUUUUCGAUUCCGUGUCUGGCCAACGUCUUCUCAAACACGUUUUUGGUCAUGGAAACACCGUCAAACAAGUUCUUCACCUCCUCGUUGGUCUCCAAAGUCUCUUCCUUGACAGAGUUCAACGCCAAGGUGAAAUUGUCCAAGGACUCCAACAAGUCCUUGGCAAACUUCUGCAACGCAAAGUCUCUGGCCUUUUGCAUCUCUUUCUUUGUGGUUUCCUGCAAGUUGCGGAAGUCCGCCACCGCUCUGGCGUAAUGGUUCUUCAUGUCGGCCAAUUCCUUGUCUUUCUUGGACAACGCCUCUCUCAACUCGGCGACAACAGGGUCCUCGGCCUGCUGUUUUGCUUCCUCGGCGCCGUUUUCGCUCUUUUGCUCGGUAGUUUCUGCCUUUUCUUCCUUUUCUUCUUGUGGUUUUUGCUCCUGGUCUUUGGCGUUAGUCGAGUUGAAUCUGAGCGCAAAAGGGCUGAUUCUUGGAGCGGCCAAAACGGGCCUGAUGCUUCUCGCAGGCAAGCGAGCAGAGUUUCUGGCUACGGCUGUGUAAAAAGCUCUGUGCAUGGUUGGCUUUUUCUUCCGUUAUGUUUCUUUUUCCUAAAGGCCCGAAUGCUCACUGAAGAACUUUUCAUGCUGGGUGCAGGACUGUGA